AUGACUCUCAAGAAUGACGCUUUUCCCUCAUCAGCAGCCUUUGACCUGAUCAGCGAUUCCCUUUCAUCUAGUGAUGCCGAGCGCAAAGAAGCCAUCCAAAAAGGAAAAGCAGUUCUAGGCUUCACAUUGAAGAACAAGGAAGGCAAGGAAGAUAGCUGGUAUAUCGACUUGAAAGAUACUGGGAAGGUGUCAAAAGACGUGCCGAAAAAGGUUGAUGUCACCCUUUCACUCUCGGAUGAUGAUUUUGGAAAGCUUGUGUCUGGCAAAGCCAAUGCGCAGAAACUGUUCAUGUCUGGCAAGCUAAAAGUCAAGGGGGCCGUUACGAAAGCUACAGCGGUCGAACCUAUCUUUAAGAAGGUUCAGUCCAAAGCUAAGCUGUAA